AUGCCCAUCAUUGUUUGCGGUUCUUUGAAUCACGAUCUAGUCACACACACUUCUGUCUUCCCGCAACAGGGAGAAACCGUCACGGGAAACUCGUUUCAAUCCCAUUUGGGCGGUAAGGGUCUCAACGAGGCGGUUGCCUGUGCAAAACUCAAGUCCCCAAGUGACAAGUUCUCUGUCAAGUUAUUUGGCGCCUUGGGAGACGAUCCCGUGGCCGACGAAUUUGUUCGGUAUUUGACCAAUGUCGGCGUUAAGACGGACCUUAUCAGUAAGAUCAAGGGGCAAGUCACAGGGACUGCCACCAUCAUUGUUGAGGACAAUGUGAAUGCCGAAAAUCGGAUUAUUGUUGUCUCUGGUGCAAAUGGCAAAUUCACCCCUUCAAGGGAGGAAUUGGAUGCUGUUUUUAAAAUGUCAAAUAUGCAGGAGUUGCAGUCUAGUAUUGAAAAUGUAGACAUUCCAUCUCAUGUCCAUUCCCAUAGCACAAAGCCUCCAUUCAACGAGCCAAUUGCAAAGACUCUCGACGUUAGUCCUCAUCCGCCUUCCAACAUUCACUCUCAUGGAUCAAUGUCAAGUUUAAAUAGAUCAAAUGGCUCUGAAUCGGGUUUGAAUGGAUUGGUUUUGAAAAAUGGCCAGUUGAUCCAUGAAUGGUCGGCGUCUGGUACUAACUUGGCCCAACAAGGCCAAUUGCAAAACCAAUCGGGAAUAAGUUUACAUUCUCAUGCAACAAGACCAAGAAAUGAAAGUGUGUCUUCAAAUUCAUCUCUUGGCUCGCAUAAAUUCAAUGACAUUCAAGUAUCCAAAAUCACAGGCUCGGUAAAUCAUAAUGAUCAAAUGUUACCUUCUAAUUUACAUGCACAUUCCUCUUCGGCGAAAAUGGAUACCUUAACGUAUCCUUCUCCAAAACCGUCUGCAAUUGAUUUACAAAAUGCAGCAAUUGCAUUGGCUUCCAAACAACCAGUACCUAAUAGAUCUGGCUCCAACCUGAACUUGACUGCACAGGCGAGGUUGGCUAAUGUCUCGUUUUCACUAGGCGGGUCAAGUGCUCAUCCUUCAAAUGUAUCUUUAAGUCCAUCGCAGACUUAUUUGAGCAACAUUCGAAACCCAGUGCCAAAUUCAAAACCAGUGGUUGACGAUUUGAAGUAUUACCUCGUUAUACAAAAUGAGAUUCCUAAUCCACAUACCAUUAUUGAUUACGUAUCAAAGAAUUAUACCAAUGUCCAGAUUAUGUACAACCCAUCUCCGUUACCGAACGCCAAAGAUGGAUACAACUCGUCGUUUUUGGACUCGUUGCUCCAUUCCACCUUUGUUGUCAUGAAUGAGCACGAAUUAGCCAACAUUGUGGCCAACUUCCAUCCUAAUCCAGCAAGUGAGCCAAUGACUGUGUUGAAGAAUGUCAGUAAUUACGAGCCAAGCAGUGAGUUUGAGCUUGAUGGUUUUGUGAAGCAGUUGACCAAGCUCAAGAGUUUCCUAACGAAGCCAAAUGUUAUUGUCACGCUUGGCGAGGCGGGCAUCCUCUACUCGAUUGGCGGACAGUUUACGUACGCGUAUGUUCCCUCGGAGGAAGUUGACGAGGACGACAUUGUCGACACCACCGGUGCUGGAGACACGUUUCUAGGCGCAGUCACCACGUGUCUAUAUAGGGGGGAAAGUUUGGAGUCUGCCAUCAAGUUUGCCGCUAGGGCGUCGGCAGAAACUAUCAAGAAGAGCGGUGCAGCAGAGGCCAUGCCAAGAUAUGGCGACGUUGAAAGAAGAGGAUGGGUUUUAUAA